GCUUCAGCAUCACCCGCAGAGCAUCGUCACUUUGAAGCGCCAGCGUGAUCUGCUGGUGUUUGCACUCGAUGCCGACAGCUAAGACAUAUGCACUACUCUUAUCUCAUCCUCUGAUCGCAAGAGGAGGCACCAGUAGGAGUGGGGAGGGUAAGAGGCAGACUGGGGGGGUGAAAGCGGAACAAACCGGUGAGCCCGGAUACACGCUGUAUAGCGGCUAGCCCGCACUGCAGAUUAACUCUUUACUGCACCAGGGACGUACACAGAGGCCGAGCGGGGCAGGACGGGAGUCAAGGAGAGAGAACAACGCAACCCCGGAGAGGACAAGCCCCCAUUCACACCUGGCCCUCCUUGUGCGUUGCUGCAGAGACUGAAGUGGCCCCCUGCAAUUUUACAGGUGUGCAUAUGCUCGCGGGCACCUGCCCACGUGUGUGUGUGUGUUCCGACUGCGAGUCUCUAGCCAGAGGAGGGAGAGGCAGCGUUCUCCCCGGCCCAGAGGGGGUGGUUGUGUGUGUCCCCUGGCUCCCGGAUGCAGAACCUCUUCGAACAGAACUUAGACAUGGCCACCGCUCUCCUGGCUGGGGAGAAACUGAAGGAGCUCAUCAUGCCCGGGUCCUCUCAGGAUGAGAAGGGCGGGGCUCUGGCGGGCUUGAUGGUCCAGCUCAAACUGGAGUUGCCUUUCGAUCGGGUCGUCACCAUAGGGACCGUCAUCAUCCCCAUCCUGCUCGUCACCCUUGUAUUUACCCGCAACUUUGCUGAGGAGUCCAUAUACUGUUACACACCACACAACUUCACAAGAGACCAGGCACUGUAUGCAAGAGGCUACUGCUGGACAGAGCUGCUGGACGCUAUACCUGGCCUGGAGGCUAACGUCCGGCCAUCGCUGUUUCAACACAAAUUUUUACCCUACGCUCUGCUGGCCUUUGCUGGCAUCAUGUACAUUCCUGCCUUGGGGUGGGAGUUCCUAGCCUCCACGCGGCUCACGUCUGAGCUCAACUUCCUGCUCCACGAGAUAGACAACUGUUACCACAGAGCGGCCGAGGGGCGGGCCCCGAAGAUUGAGAAGCAGAUCCAAUCCAAGGGGCCCGGCAUCACCGAGCGGGAGCGGCGGGAGAUCAUAGAGAACGCGGAGAAGGAGAAGAGUCCGGAGCAGAACCUAUUUGAGAAGUACCUGGAGAGACGAGGCCAGAGCAACUUCCUGGCUAAGAUCUACCUGGCGCGCCACCUGGCGAUCAUCUGCCUCAGUUCCAUACCCAUCUCCUACCUGAGCAUCUACUAUGCUCGCCAACGGCAGAAUGAGUUCACCUGUGCUCUGGGCGGGCCCCCGGACACCAGCAGUUACCAGGAGUUGAAGCUCAGCGUCAACUGCAAGCUGCCCUCGGUGCAGCUGCAGCGCAUCAUGGCGGCCGUGGACAUUUCCCUGCUCUGCACCAUGAACCUCAUCAUCCUCAUUAAUUUGCUGCAUCUGUUUGUGGUGCGCAAAUCCAACUUUGUGUUUGACAAGCUGCACAAAGUGGGCAUCAAAACACGCCGCCGUUGGCAAAAGUCCCAAUUCUGUGACAUCAACAUCCUGGCGAUGUUCUGCAACGAGAACCGGGACCACAUUAAGUCCCUCAACCGCCUGGACUUUAUCACCAACGAGAGUGACCUCAUGUAUGACAAUGUGGUGAGGCAGCUGCUGGCGGCCUUGGCCCAGUCCAACCAUGAUGCCACGCCCACCGUCAGGGACUCUGGCAUACAGACCAUAGACCCCAACAUGGACCCUUCCAUCCUAGGGAUGGGUGAGCUGGGAGAGCCAAUGGUGAUCAAACGCCCCCGCAAGAAGAUCAAAUGGAUACCCUCAUCCAAUCCUCUUCCUCAAUCGUUCAAAGAACCCUCGACUCUGACACGUAUGGAGAACAACGGCAAGCCCGAUAAACCUAAGCCACUCAGGCGGAAAACAGUGGCGGACAACUUUGUUGCCACACGUGUGGACAGCAAGAGCACACAAUACCCUGCCACUAAAGAUUUAGGUGGGAAGCAUAAUCGCAAUUUCUCUCUGGACGUGCAUCCCUACAUGCUGACCAUCCGUAAGCCCAAGGUGGAGACCGUCACGGUCACCACAUCGGCCCUCUCCUCAGAGCACCCUUUGGAUACGGUGUUCAUUGAAGGCACACACACCAUCGUCCACGUGUCCACUGCAAUUACAGAAAAAAAGGAACACUCUCCUGAGGCGACCAUCACUGCCUUUUCCACAGAGACCCUUCCUAUCACCACCUACGUGAACGGCAUCAGCCCCAACCCGCCCUCCAGCGAGGACGCCCUUAGCCCAAAGCCUUCCCCUCCCCUCAACGAGCCCUUCACAGGGCCCAUGCAUCCGGAGAGCCAGGUGUUGCCUUCCCUGACCAGGGCACCUACCCACCAGCUGCUGAGCAUGCACCACACUCUGUUUGAGGCGGGCGAGGAGCAAGGGGGCGGUAGCGACAGGCUAGCCUCCAGGUCCGGGGAGCUCAUUACCGCAGGAGAAUGUUGAAGAGAAAGGAGCCAUGAUGAGUCUGGUGUCCGUUGAAGGCACAAUAUCCCAACGGUACACGACCCCCAACCCCAGCCCCUCUGUCAUCUGAUCUCUGACUGCACAUGCACAAUGCACCCAACUCGUCUAGUGGUAGGACGACACGGUACGAGAAGCAAAACGUGGGCAUUAAGGAACGAAAGACUUGAAUGACACACACACAAACACACACACACACACACACACACACACACACACACACACCAAAAUUGCAUAACUUGAAAGAAUGGAGUUUGGUUUAGUGUCUAGCACACUAGUGUUGUGGCUGCAAUGCAUUUCUGCUGUAGGAAAUGAUUUCACCAUGUCUCAGGAUGACUGAUGUGUACAGCCAAUCGCCCUCCAACAAAACCAGCAGUCAUUUUACAGGGUGCAGCAGUGCAUGAUGGAGGCAUUAUAACUUAGAAGAAUAUUGUGAGUCAUAUGGGGGGGGGGGACACAUGGUAAACACAAUUUAAUAAUGUGAUGUGUGCAAAAAGAACGGUAGAAGGAGUUCAGACUAAAUGUAUUUUUGGAUGCCUCGCGCUUCAGUCCCUUUACCCCCGUAGCCAAGUAGACAGGUAGCUCAUGCAACACACUUAGUGGGAUUGCAGAUCAAAAUAUGCAAAAGAUCACGAAUGAUAUGUGGCAAUAAUAUAUAUAUACGCUUACAGCAAAAGCUUCACAGUGCACUAUAGUAAGAUGCAUAGACACUGUACAUGGCUCAGUGUAUGUAGUGUAGGCUACAAAAAAUAAAAUCGCACAUAGACUUCUAAUGUAAUUUCAUCACCACACGUUAGAAUCAUGUAAAUGGUAAUUCAUCUGUACUUCGUUUGAGAAAUUGGCUUCACCUGUUCUUCAAAAAUACCAACAUUUUCACAUUAUUCAAAUGUACCACAACGGGUAGACUAUUGUAUAUUUUGAAAUCAGGCGAAGGGGCUUGUGUUUGCGCUAGAAGACUUGCAACUCCAACAUAAUGAAUGGAGCUGGACUCACUGGUAGAGAGUUGUUGUAAUUGUAGUCUGCUGUCUUCUCGUGGGAGUGCUGUAAUGUGAAGUAAAUGAAGUGAUUGAAGAUUAACAAUGGUUUUUCACCUCACAGUUGUCACCACGAUUGAGCAUUGAGUUAUUCAGCAUUUGAUUGGGCAUAAUAAUCUCUUAAAAUCACAUGCUGCUGCAGAUCCUGACAUCAUCAGUAAUUUCACUCUGUCACACAUUAUAUUGGCAAUGGGUUCAUUCAUUUAAAUAUAUAGAUACAAAAUAAAAUAAUGAAAGACCCUCACUAGCCAGAACAACGAAUGAAUAGAUAGUAUACUAUUAUUAUUAUAUUAACAUAUCAAAUACACACAUGAAAGACCCUUGAACACAUGGAGUGUGUAACACAUGGAUUGUGUAACGACGGGAGGGGUAUGGAGUAGUGAGUUGCCUUUAUAAUAACGACCUGCCCAGUUGAGCUGGCAGGUACAUAGGGCAUAGGCAGGUUGGUUUCAGAAUGCAGGACUUUUACAACCUAUGGGAAGUAAAAUUACACUUACAAUUUACACUAAAUGUAAUUUCAUUAACAAUAAAUAUUUGUUAAACAUU